GUUGGACUGUGCUCCACUUCAGGGGGAUAUUGGUUUUUUAGCAUAAGGACCUUGAGCUGAGCCAGGGAUACCAAUGCUGGGGAGGUGCAGCCAUUGUCUUAUGUGCUUUAGGAUUGACGGGUGGAAGAAAGGCGACUGCGAUCAAACAGUCUCAUCAUAAAGAAAAUGCUCGGUCUCUGGAGAGGAGUUGUGUUCUGUCUUCUGUCAUUUAUAAAAUGCUUUAAGGCUGUAGAGAUACCACUUGAAGUGGAGCAGUUGCCAACGAUUAUUGAAGUCACCAAAGGUAUCCAAGUUGCUUUUCCUGUAGGAGAAGAUUUCACCAUAAAGUGUAAAGCUAAAGGAAACCCAGCCCCAGAAUAUCAUUGGACAAAGAAUGGACAUCCAUAUAAUCCACUUACGGAUAAAAAUGUAAGGACUAUUAAGGAUUCCGGGUCUUUUAUCAUCCAUAAUGAUGGUAACAUAUUAUCCUACAAUGGAACGUAUCGAUGUUAUGCCUCAAAUAAGUUAGGAAUUGCUGUAUCCGAAGAGACAAUUUUUCUCAUUCCAGGAGAUCCCAGAUUUCCCAAAGAAGAGAUCACACCUGUAGUAUUAGAAGAGGGGGACCCAUUGGUUUUACACUGUGACCCUCCUCCUGGUAUCCCUCCAGUCAGUGUGGUUUGGAUGACACAAGGUCUACGGCAGAUCCCUCUGAGCAUGCGCGUGUCUGUUGGACUUGAUGGGAGGUUAUACUUUGCACACGUCGUUCCCAUGGACAGCAGUAUAGAUUAUUUCUGUGUUGCUGUAUAUUCCAGGAUCAGAUAUAUGACACAGAGGACACCCGUGAGGCUCAGUAUACAUCACAGUGAUGUAAUAAAAAAUCGAGCACCAAAAAUAGUAACAAGCCAAGGAGGAAAUGAUAAGACAAUUAUUGUGCUGAAAGAUGAAGUCCUGCAGUUGCAAUGUAUCGCUGAAGGAUUGCCUACCCCUACAUAUGAAUGGAGAAAAGAAGGGGAGGAAUCAAUAAAGCAUCGUGCCACAGUAGAGGGCCAUGGGACACUACUGAAGAUCAAGGAUAUUACUAAAGAGGAUCAAGGAGUAUAUGUUUGUGAAUCAAAAAAUGAGAUGGGUUCUGCACAGGAAAGAUUUCAUGUUCUUGUAGAAGAGCCUCCCAGAUGGGAAAGGAAGCUGAAGAGCUCGAUACAAGGAGUAGGGUCUGAGCUUAUCCUGAACUGUUCAGUUACUGGGACACCCGAACCAGAAAUUCAAUGGCAAAGAAAUGGAAUCCCUAUGAAAAGAGAAUCCCUUCCUCACAACCAUAAAAUGACAGGAAGCAUAAUGUUCAUUCACUCUCUUCAGCUCUCGGACAGUGCAGUGUACCAAUGUGAGGCAUCAAACAAGCAUGGAACCAUUUUUACCAGUGCCAACAUUGAUGUUCUAGAUAUUGUACCAUUGAUAUUCACGCAUGAAAACAAGACAUACACAUCAGUAUGGGGACAAAAUGUCUCAUUGCAUUGCAAAAGUUUUGCCUUUCCUACGGCCGAUGUUACAUGGUAUCAUAGGAAGAGAACAAUCCAACAUAAAAGUGGACGCUACAUAAUAGACAACAAUGGUACCCUUCAUAUUCGGGAGUUGGAGGCAGAGGAUGCUGGCUUGUACACAUGUAAGGUGUCAAACACCAAAGGAAGCGCCUCAGUUACAGCAAACCUCAUACUUCGAGAACCUACGAAAGGGUAUGUGUCUCCUGAGAAUACAUGGGUUAGGAGAUGGCACUCCAUUACACUGACCUGUCAUGUCCAAUGUGACCCCCACCUCUGUUCUUCUGUGAGGAUUACCUGGAUGAAAGAUGGACAGAAGCUCAAAGAUGACAACAAAAGAAUACAGGUGAACUUAAACAGCUUGUCUAUAUAUGAUGUAAAUUGGAAAGAUGGCGGUACCUAUAACUGCAUUGCCAAUACUUGGCUGGACUCAAUGGAGGCUGAAAGUCAUCUAACCGUGCGAGAUGUUCCAAUGCCUCCUGAAAGUGUACAGCUUUUGGAAAAGCAGGACCGUAGUGUUGUAUUGUCCUGGACACCAGGUGACAGUCACAACAGCCCUAUAUCCGAAUUUAUCGUCCAGUACAUAAAAAGCAACGGUGAAACCGGAGAAUGGGAAGAUGUGGAUAGGGUGCCCAGAAAUGUCACCUCUGUUUCUGUGCAGCUCAUUCCUAAUUCUAUCUACCAGUUCCGUGUCUUAGCUGUGAAUGGAAUCGGGAGCAGUCCUUCAAGUCUUGUCUCAGAAAAUUACAGCACGCCACCUGCAGCUCCAGACGUUAAUCCGCAUACUGUGUUUGUUGAAGCUGAUCGUCCAGAUGAAAUGACAGUGAGAUGGGAGCCCCUGAAUUUAGAUGAAGAAAAUGGUCCCGGAUUGGAGUACAGAUUCAGCUGGCGUUUACAGGAUGUGGAGACAGAAUGGCAUCAUAAAAAAGUGAAACGUCCACAAUUUACGAUAAAGAACACGCCAGCCUUUGUUCCAUAUGAGAUCAGGGUCCAAGCAAUCAAUAAUAUUGGAGAUGGUCCUGACCCGGAGGUUCACACUGUUUACUCAGGAGAAGACACUCCCAAUGCUGCUCCGUCUAAUGUGUCAGUGAAACUUGAAGACCACAUGCUUGCCAAUGUGACAUGGACAGGAAUAUCACAGGACAGGAUACGAGGACAUCUAUCAGGUUACAAGAUAAUCUACUGGAAAGUAAAAAGUCUGUAUGAUGGAAAGAUCCAUCAUGGGGAGCGCCAUACUCUGUCAUUUCCAGGUCAGAGGAACUCAGGGAAAAUCCAAAUACAUCAUCCGUUCUGCGAGUAUCAAGUAACUGUUGCAGCCUAUAACAAUCGAGGUGAUGGUCCAGAGAGUAUCCCAGUCACAUUCCAAGCUCCGGAAGGAGUGCCUGAACAACCACAGCUCCUACGAAUUGUAAGUUCGGACUUGGAGUCCUUCAAACUGUCCUGGGCUUCACCAAAGAGACCAAAUGGUAUCCUAACCGGCUACGUUCUGCAGUACCAGACAAUUAAUGAAAGUGAUGUCCUUGGGCGGUUACAUAACAUCACCAUAACUAACCCAGAUGCAGUAAGUCACAAAGUUCCCCGUCUUGAGCUUGGUAUGAAGUACAAGUUCUACCUUCAGGCAUGUACCCGUGUUGGAUGUAGCAAGCCGGUGAGCGAGGAGGAACAGACCUUAACACAAGCAAGAUUUUCUACUAUUUCUUCUUCUCCAACUCAAACUUCUGCUUUUGCUGCCAAAGUUCCUGCUAUAGCUUAUGCAAACCCAUCUCAGAGCCUAUCUACUCAAGGAUGGUUCAUCGGACUGAUGUGCGCUGUGGCUCUUUUAACACUUUUAAUGCUCGUUGGUUGUUUUGUGCAAAUAAACCGAGGAGGAAAAUAUGCAGUGAAGGAGAAAGAGGAGCUCCAUCCUGAACCAGAAGUGCAGUCUAUGAAGGAUCAGUUCUAUGAUGACUAUAGUAGUUCCAGUGAUAAGAAGGCGACAAAUGGCAGCAUGGACUCAUUAAGCCUCGAUAUCAAGACGUAUGACAGUGUGGAUAGCCUGGUCCAGUACAGUGAUGGAGAACACAGUCACUUCAAUGAGGACGGAUCUUUCAUUGGAGCUUACACAGAAUCAAAGGAGAAAAACCCAGAGGAUGGCAGCAUACACAUUCAGUCCGUACGCUCCUAAUACCUGCACCGUAUACAUGAAGAACUUUAUCUUAUAUAUUGAAAUACAUCAAAAACAUGAAAGGCACAUUUGGUGGAAAAUAUACAAUUGACUCGGAUAUUCCAUCAAAAAAAAUUGUAGCCAAAAAUAUGUAACAAUCAAUCUUUCUCAACAUCAUUUUGCCAACCCUUUAUACAUUAUGCCAAGAAUAAAACUAAUUACUAAAGUAAUGAACUUGCACCCCAUGACCUUGCACUCCAUGGCAGCUGUAUUUGUAGGCUACGUAUACAUAAAGCUGACCUGCACCCUUAUUACUUGUGUUGAUGCCACAUUUUCUCUGCAUGAUGAGCAACCAUAAAAGAAUAAGUAGUGUCAAGUUGUCGAAUUGAAGGAAUUGUAAAGGCUGAUGAAAUGGAAUAAGGUUGAAGCUUUGUGUUGUCUUGUUUGUACUUUGCCUUUUGAUAAAAAAUAAAGAAAGAAAAAAAAAAGAAAACGGAA